CGAACAAAUUCAUGCCUUAACCGUGAGGUCAACUGUUUCAUUAACCCUAGUAAAAGAAGACCAGUGAUACAAAUCAGGAGCGCGUACAGCCUGCGGAAUUGUUUUAGCCAAAUGCGGAAUUAUAUUUGAGGAGGAAAUCGAGGCUUGCUUGAAUCGAAGUUAAUUGGUAAACAUGGAUGUCUGCGUGGAUUGGGAUGUGUUGCAGUUGCAGGAGAUGAUGAUAAUGCAGCCGGGAGGGGUAGGUGGAGGUGGAGCGCUCAAGGGCAAUCCAUACAAAGCUCACAUCGAUCACCUCUUUUCGCAGUGGCUCUCCCUUCCCGACACCGUCAAACUCGUAACUUCAUUACUUGAAGAAGCAAAAGCAGGCAGUACUCUGAGUGUUGCAGGGAGUUCCUACAAUGCAAAUACAGGUUCAAAUAAUUCUGUAUUGCCAAAUAUGUUUCCAUCUGGCAGUGCACCUCCACUUUCGCCAAGAAGUGUUUCUGGUUCCCCACGGUCAGUCAUGAGACGACAUGGAGCAGGACCUAGUUCUCUUGGAUCUCCUCUGAAAUUUUCCAGUGAACCUGUGAAAGAAGUCAUCCCACCGUUUUACUUUCACAAUGGUCCACCACUUCCAAAGGAACUGGCAGAACAAUAUUUGGCAAGAAUUGAUCAGCUUUUUUUCGGACACAUGGAUGGCUUACGAGUAGAAGACUUUAAAGCUGUGACAAAGGAAAUUUGCAAGCUACCUUCAUUCUUUUCGAGUAUGCUUUUCAAAAAGAUUGACGUGGAUGAUACAGGAGUGGUGACAAGGGACCAGUUUGUUUCUUACUGGAUUGACAAGAAAAUGGUGACUAUGGACCAACCAACCCAAAUUUUCUCAAUUUUGAAGCAGCCAGAUAGAAAUUAUCUUACUCAGGAUGAUUUCAAGCCUCUAUUGAGAGAGCUUUUGGCUACUCAUCAAGGAUUGGAAUUUUUGCAGAGUACACAUGAGUUUCAAGAAAGAUAUGCGGAAACUGUGAUUUAUAGGAUUUUCUACUACAUAAAUAGGUCUGGAAAUGGCAACAUUACACUGAGGGAACUGAAGCGUGGAAAUCUAAUACCUGCAAUGCACCAUGUAGACGAGGAGGAGGAUAUUAACAAAGUGUUGAAGUACUUUUCUUAUGAACACUUUUAUGUGAUAUACUGCAAAUUUUGGGAGCUUGAUACAGACCAUGAUUUUUUAAUCGAUAAAGACAAUCUUGUAAGAUAUGGGAGCCAUGCAUUGACAUACCGGAUAGUUGAUAGGAUAUUUUCUGAGAUUCCUAGAAAGUUUACUAGUAAAGUUAAAGGGAAGAUGGGAUAUGAGGACUUUGUUUACUUUAUGCUGUCUGAGGAAGACAAGUCAUCCGAACCCAGUCUUGAAUACUGGUUCAAGUGUGUGGACUUGGAUAGCAAUGGUGUUCUCACAUCUAAUGAGCUGCAGUUUUUUUAUGAGGAGCAGUUGCAUCGCAUGGAAUGUAUGGCUCAAGAGCCAGUUCUCUUUGAGGACAUAGUAUGCCAAAUGGUGGAUAUGAUUGCUCCUGAGAAAGAAUGUCAAUUUACGCUACGGGAUCUGAAGCGAUGCAAGUUGUCGGGAAAUUGUUUCAAUAUUCUUUUUAAUCUGAACAAAUUUAUGGCUUUUGAGACUCGAGAUCCGUUCCUUAUUCGCCAAGAACGGGAAGAUCCUACAUUGACCGAGUGGGAUCGUUUUGCACACAAAGAAUAUAUCAGAUUGUCUAUGGAAGAAGAUGCUGAGGAUGCUUCUAAUGGCAGUGCAGAAGUCUGGGAUGAAUCUCUUGAGGCCCCUUUUUGAAUUAAAAUUGGCCACUGAGUGGAUGAAACAAUGUUUGGAUGUUUCGAAUGUCUGAAAUUGAUGAUUCAUAGUGGUGAUGGUUGUUGCAAUUUUAGUCAACUGCAAUGUGGAAGGAAAAUCAGGAGCACCGUCAUUCAGCCAUGUGGAAAGGAUGGUCCAUUUGUGAAUGUCCUUGAAACCUGGGGCUAUAAGAGGAAGAGAAGUUUCACAGGGAGUGUAAGACUUGGAAUAUUUUUGUACAGGACUUUUUCCACUUUAUUUUUCAAUUCUAAGCAUGGACACAUUUUUGUUUUCAAUCUAAAAUGUUGAAUAUCUAAUGUAACCUUGUAGGCUUCGGAGUGGCCUUAAACUUGGUAACAUUUCCAGAAUUGGGUUGUUUCAAAGAGACACAUAGAUGAGUCUUUAGGUUCUGACAUCUCACCAUUAAUCUGUAUGCAUUACUAUUCUUUUGUGCUUUAAUGUGGUCGAUUGUUUAAUUUGUAUUAGAGCUUCAGGGUGUGUACCGUAUUGGUCUCCUACUAGAUACAGAAACAUUGGCAACAUUGAUGGUGUGUGCAUUGGGAUAUUCAAUUUCUGUGUAGAUAUGAAUAUAGAGAUGAAUGUAGGUAGAUAUUCAGUCACA